AUGAUUGGCGUGACCACUACUACCACGAGCUUGACCGGUCGGGAUUGCACUUUCUGCAACUGGCCUGCACUGUGGCACGUCUGGACGUUGGACGCACCGGCGAAUUCGAAAAGAAUCUCCGUUUCCGAGUCGGCGACUGACCCCUUCGCCAGCCAGUAUAUUGACGAAACCAGUUGGGUGUGUUAUUCAGGAGAUUACGGUUCGCUCAGGCCCACAAAGCAAUACGUCGACUUGUUGCGAGCAUUUUGGACCGAUCCCAGUAUCAGUAUGAGCCUGCUCGAGGGUAUAUACGGUUGUGCUGUGGGCAACCGAGACCGUGUAUUUGAUCGCAUGGAACUACGCCGGGGGGGAGAUAAGGCGAAGAAGGGCCUUCAAGAUCUGCCUCAAGAACGGCCACACUUGGAUUCCAGGCCGAAGCCAGUGCCAGUCAGCAGCGCUGCUAACAUUCGGUUCUCAGACGCCCCGAACAUGUUCAGCAUCUCGACUCUGCAGCCUUCGAACCUUCCACUCCCAAGGUCAACGGCUGUAGAUCAACACUACUUGGCAAGUUCGUGCCGCGUCGAUCCACUCGUCCCUCCUGUUAUUUUCACCCGCUCUUCUUCCUGUUUGGUCGACAGCUCAGUCACUGGCAAGGUGGAGGAGGAGACUAUCACGGUCUACGUCGACACGAAAUACAGUCAGCAGCCUCGAGCCUUGAGGGAAAAGAAAAAGCACCCAACUGAUGACCACCUACCUACCUUCUUGUUGUCUGAAAUAGAUUUCCGCCUUGUCUGGCCAGGGUUUGAGUCCGAGUGUCAGGCAGGGUCGACGUGGUUGACGCUCUCCUAUUUACUCUACGAAUUGGUCAACCAGCCGUUCUACUACAACGAGCGUGCUGUCCUUUCUCGUGCGCUCCGACACUACAAAGCAUCGACCGACAUUUACUCCAUGAGCAAGCCCCAGGGGCGCGAUCAUCGUCUUCUCGACCGCAAAGACUACGGUCUGGAUAUGCCAAUUUGUCCCCGUUACUACGCAGACGGGUCGGUCGAUGACAGGCGGACCUCUUCCUCUCUCGCCAGCCACGGUCUCGCGGAUCUAGGCCAUCGGACAUGCUUCCGGGAGAGCCUCACAUUUCAUGCUUCCCGUCGAGAGGCCCUAUUGAAGGUGGAUAACUCCGGAUAUUCUAUCAAUAAACGCAUGCGGUUCGGCGCCCAUCGAAAUCAGGGCACAUACCCUACGGCCUACCAGCUUCGCAUCAGCACGGUCGAUGGCCAAGCGCCAUUUCUCGAGCUUGAAGGCCAGAAUAUGCGGAUAGAGACAGAGAGACAGAAAGAGACAGAGAGACAGAAAGAGACAGAGAGACAGAAAGAGACAGAGAGACAGAAAGAGACAGAGAGACAGAAAGAGACAGAGAGACAGAGAGACACAGAGAGAGAGAAUCGCACAACUCGGCAACAUGGUGGACGCAUAUCUACUGCUGUCGAGAGGCCACAGCCACUAAAGAUGGCCGUUUCCUCGAAUUCUAUUUCAUGGAGCCGAUCGUUGUUUGGUCUCCUGCCGUGUUGGGUAGCUCUGCGGACCUUGGGGGGACUGGAAGAAGUUCGAUCGACGCGACAGACAACGUGGAUCAACAACUCUUCCACCAUUUCGCCGACAUUCACCGGGUAUCGUUCAGCGUCGCCGAGAGAGGGCAGGUGGCACGAUACCAAACCUCGAGCCUCGAGAGAACGUCGAGAGAACCGCGUGCGAAGACACUAG